AUUGUUUUCUUUCACAGAGUCUUGCCUUUUUGAGAGCUUAAGUCAUGAGUUGGAUGUUCCUCAGAGACCUCCUAAGUGGAGUAAAUAAAUAUUCAACUGGGAUUGGGCGCAUCUGGCUAGCUGUUAUGUUUAUCCUUCGGUUGCUGGUCUACAUAGUGGCUGCAAAGCACGUGUGGAAGGAUGAACAGAAAGAGUUUGAGUGCAACACUAGACAGCCUGGCUGUGGAAAUGUGUGCUUUGACUACUUCUUCCCGGUCUCCCAGAUCAGACUUUGGGCUUUACAGCUGAUCAUGGUCUCCACGCCCUCUCUCUUAGUAGUUCUACAUGUGGCCUAUUGUGAGGGGAGAGAAAAAAAACAUGGAAAGAAACUCUAUGACAGCCCAGGCACCAUGGAUGGGGGCCUAUGGUACACCUAUUUGAUUAGCCUCAUUGUCAAAACUGGUUUUGAAAUUGGCUUCCUUGUUUUGUUUUAUAAGUUGUAUAGGGGCUUUAGUGUCCCCUACCUUAUGAAGUGCGAUUUGAAGCCUUGUCCCAACACUGUAGACUGCUUCAUCUCCAAACCCACUGAGAAAACCAUCUUCAUCUUCUUCUUGGUCUUUACCUCUUGCUUGUGCAUUGUGUUGAAUUUCACUGAACUGAGCUUUUUGGUUCUUAAGUGCUUUAUUAAGUGCUGUCUCCAAAAAAAUUCUAAAAAGUUCAACUCCUCAGUGUGUUGAAUGCCACAACCUCAGAUAUGUUGAAUAUGGUGAAACAGGGGACCCUCUUCUACUCCAGAAUCAUGAUGCAGGCUUGGGCAUAGGCACACCCCAGCAACCUGAAGCAAAGCUACUUUGCUGUACACAAGAGAAUUAAAUAAAGAAAACCAGUAUCCCUACUAAACAAGACCUAAAGUAGCUUGGAAAACCAAGGGUGUUAGCCUUGAUAUUAUUUGAAAUUAAAGACUGUUUCAAUAUGCUCUCAGAUGUAAAUGCUACACAGAGGACUCAUUAUUUUGUGGUAGGGAUCUCUUAUGUCUAUACACAAGUUGUUUUCAGUUAGUUAAUUGCAAAUUAGUCUAGAGAAAUACAACCAACAGCAUUCUUUCAAGAGUUUAGAUCUAUCAGAAAAGAAUCUCUAUAUUAGCUUUUUAUUUUUCUGUAACAACCUUACUACAAUUCAUGCACAAUGAACUGAACAAUAAAAAAGUGUCCCUUUUGACAAAUAUAGUGGCCACCAAGCUGACAAGACACUGGUGAUCUCCAAUUGGCUGUCAAGGCUCCACUCACUUUUAUACUCAACCUUUAUAGAGAAGGACUGUACUGUAGCAGCUAUAUGGGGCACACAGAGGCACCCCCAAAGAGAAGAGAAAGCCUGACCUGAGAAGGCCCAGAGUUCAGGAUUCAUCAGUUUAGGAGUCCUUGGAUAUAAGUGGGCCAGGGGAGAGGAGGAAAAGCCAUCAUUUAAGUGAUCUCUAAGUUAAGCACAAAUCCUACUGGAAGAUAACCUACUGAAGUCUUUAGUCAUGGGGGAAGGCAAGUACCACAGACAACAGAACACUGAUAGGGAGCAUGGGAAGUCACAGAAAAAGAAUAGUCUCACUUGGUAAUCAUCACUAUCAUUUGUUUUUAAGACUAGAACUUUUUACUUUUCUAUUUUUAAAUCCAUAAUAUACUCUUUGAAUUUGAUACUUUAACAUAUGUGCAUUGCUCUAGAAUAAAAAUUGUUUCGCAAUGUUA